AAUCUUUUAAAUCCGGUUCGUUGAUCGUUAGAAGCGUUUUUCAGACUGAAUCUCGGAGGCUAUCUGAUAACUGACCGUCUGUGAUGAAGAUGAAGAUGAAGGUGAGCAGCUCGCUGUAUGUGGGCGAUCUGGAGCCGGACGUGACUGAAGCCAUGCUGUUCGAGCGAUUCAGAUCACUCGGUUCGGUUCAAUCGAUCCGAGUCUGCAGAGACCGACUCACCUGCCGCUCGCUCGGAUACGCGUACGUUAACUUCGAGCGAGCCGCUGACGCCGAGCGAGCCUUGGACACCAUGAACUUUGACCUCAUGCAGGGGAAGCCCAUGCGUCUGAUGUGGUCUCAGAGAGACCCUUGGCUGAGGAAGAGCGGCGUGGGAAACGUCUUCAUCAAGAACCUGGAGAAAUCCAUCGACAGCGAGGCUCUGUAUGACAUCUUCUCCUCCUUCGGGACCAUCUUAUCCUGUAAAGUGGUUUGCGAUGAAAACGGAUCGAAAGGCUUUGGGUUUGUGCACUUUGAGACGCAUGAAGCUGCUGGUAAAGCCAUCGAGAAACUAAACGGCAUGUUGAUCAAUGAACAGAAGGUGUUCGUGGGACACUUCAAGUCCCAAAAGGAGCGCGAGGCUGAAAUGCAGGCGAGAAACAAAGAGUUCACAAACAUUUUCAUCAAGAACUUUGGGUCGGAUGUGGACGAUGAGAUGCUGACGGAGAUGUUCGGUAAAUUCGGCCCGACUCUGAGCGUUCGGGUCAUGACGGAUGAGAAGGGACAGUCCAGAGGCUUCGGUUUCGUCAGCUUUGAGAAGCACAGCGAUGCCAGACGGGCGGUGGAGGAGCUGAACCGGACGGAGCUGAGCGGCAGAAAGGUGUUUGUGGGCCGCGCUCAGAAGAGACGAGAGCGACAGACGGAGCUGAAGAAGCGCUUCCAGCAGAUCCAGCAGGAGCACAUCAUGCGCUGUCAGGGCGUGAAUCUGUACGUGAAGAAUCUGAGCGAUAGCGUGGACAGUGAAAGGUUAUUCAGAGAGUUCUCUCCGUACGGGAACAUCACCAGCGCUAAGGUGAUGACAGACGGAGGCCGCAGCCGAGGCUUCGGAUUCGUCUGCUUCUCGUCUCCUGAAGAAGCCACCAGAGCCAUCACUGAGAUGAACUGUCGCGUCAUCGAGUCCAAGCCCAUAUAUGUGGCUCUGGCCCAGAGGAAGAUGGAUCGCCAGGCUCUGCUCAUCCACCAACACAUGAUGAGACGCCAGCAGCAGGUGCAGAAUCUCUCUUCAUUCAGCUUCACCCAGCCUCAGUGCUGCAGUCCUCAGGUGAAUCUCAGUGUGUGGUCAGCAGCGCAGCACAUCUACACGCCUGAAGGUCACCAUCAUCACGAGUUCAGUAGUGAUCCACAGCAGCAUUGGGCUGUUCCACAGGUCCAGGAGACUCUGAGCUCCCCCGUGUCCAGCUCAGGAGAAAACCAGAAGCAGAUGCUGGGUCUCAGUCUCUUCCCGCUGGUGCAGGAUGUGGUCGGGCCGCUGGCGAAUCAGAUCACAGAGAUGCUGCUGGAGACGGAUGAGUCUGAGCUGCUUCUGCUUCUGCGCUGCCAACAGUCUCUGUGCAUCAAGGUGAACGAAGCACUUGCUGUUCUUCAGUCUCAUCAGCCGAUGGAAGCGGCUCAGAUAUCGUUUAGCAGCCCUGCUAUUCAAGCCAUCUGAGACACAGAUAUCAAUGACCACACACAGAUUGAACAAUUAUAAAAUUUAAUAUUCAUUAGAUUUUUACAAAAUUAUUUUAAUUAAUUUAAUAAUUCAGUGUAUAUUCAAAAUAUCAUUGUGGUAAAUAAAUGUGUUUGCAAAUAUGUAUUAUUUCUGGUUUGCUUUUUGCAAGGCAUUUUUAUUCUUUUUGUUGUUGUUUUGAAAUCGCAGUUUUUAGUUUUUAUAAGUCAAUGCAGAUGUAACCUAAGCAAUAAAAAGCUAU